AUGGAGAGACCUCAGCCGACCCUACGCACCGUUGGAAGAUCUCCAAGACCCACAAACUUAAGAGAGCGAGCGAGCGAGGAAGCAAAGCAGGACAGGAGGCCCCGCCCCCCGGCCUCCCUCCGCCCCGCUCCCUCUUUUGCAUAUCUCCUCCGAUUGGCUGGCGCCCCUCGGGCCACGUUCGUCGCGGCGCUCCCUCUGCCGCCGGCCUUCUUUAUUAAUGAAGCGGCCCGAACUGCCGCUGCCGCUUCUCUUGCGCCUCUGCGCGUGCGCGGCUCCUCGCCCGCCGCCUCAGCCGGGGUCGGGACCGGAGUCGGGAAGGCGGCCGGGAUGCCGGGGGGCGGCGGCGGCGGCGGCGAGGGCGGCUGGAGCGUGUCGUUCGCCGGCUGCGGGUUCCUGGGCGUCUACCACGUCGGCGCCGCCAGCUGCCUCCAGGAGAGAGCCCCGCACCUCAUCCGCGACGCCCGCCAGGUGUGCGGGGCCUCCGCCGGAGCCCUGACGGGAGCCGUCCUCGUCGGAGGCGGGUCACUGGUGGAAGCUUGUGCAGAUGUUCUGGGUCUAGCCAGAGAAGCAAGAAAGCGAAAUCUUGGCCCUCUUCAUCCUUCCUUUAAUGUGAUGAAGAUUAUAAGGGAUGGACUUUGCAAAAAUCUUCCCGAAAACGCUCAUCAGUUGAUAUCAGGGAAACUUUCCAUUUCGCUUACCAGAGUGUCUGAUGGCAAAAAUGUGUUGGUAUCCAACUUUAAUUCCAAAGAAGAAGUCAUACAGGCUUUGCUUUGUAGUUCAUUUGUGCCUAUAUAUUGUGGCCUCAUCCCACCUUCAUUUAGAGGGGUGCGCUACGUCGAUGGUGGAAUAAGUGACAACUUACCGCAGUAUGACUCCAAAAACACCAUCACAAUUUCACCUUUUGCUGGGGAGUGUGACAUUUGUCCCAAGGGCAAUUCUGCAAACUUCCAUGAAAUGAAUCUCACCAACACCAGCAUUCAGUUUAGCCUAGGGAACAUCUACCGUUUAACUCAAGCACUUUUUCCUCCAGAACCCAAGGUGCUAGGAGAGAUCUGUGAACAAGGCUAUUCGGAUGCUCUUAGAUUUUUGAAAGAAAAUGGUAUACUGUAUGAUUCAGUUUUAGUUGACUUGGCCUUAACAAAGGAAAACCAUCAGGAAUGUGUUCAGACCCCAGAUUAUGCUGAUAAAAAAACAGUUGCAGCAAAUGAAGCCAAAAAAGAGAUGCAAGAUGAAGAAAUGCUUAUUGAUCAGCUGCAAUUAGCUGCUUGGCCAUUGGAUGGAACCAUUUUUGAGAAUCUACCUCCUAGACUCCGUAAAGCAUUGCAGGAGGCUUGUAAAGAGAAAUGUGGACUCUAUGCUCAGCUUUCUAAAUUUCUACCAAUGCGACUGAUGUCCUAUGUGAUGCUGCCGUAUACUCUGCCAGUUGAGUCAGCAUAUUUUGUGGCCUUAAGAUUAGUAGACUGGUUUCCUGAUAUCCCUGAUGAUGUGCGAUGGAUGCAAGGUCAGCUCUGUCAAGUUGUGGGCACAGUAUAUUCCAAAGCAAGAAAAAGAUUACUGAGUAUUCCCAGUAAGGAAAACAGUGCAUUGCUUAGAAAGUGUCAGACUGCCCCCCUGAACACAAGUCUUCACUCUUCUUACUGCCCUCCUAAAAUGCCUCGUUCUUCUACACACCUCGAAGAGUGGCUUUUGGAUCUUCCAUACUGUGAGGACUUGGUUAAGAAAGAAGUUGCAGUGGGUAUAAAUGAAAGCUUUGACUCCAUGCCUCCCUUUUUUAUGAACUCUGAAGAAUCGGGAGUGGAAGUGGAUUUUGACUCCUCCUCUGAGAAGAGUUUCCAGACUGCCUCCGAGGACUAGCUUAAGAACUGUGGCAUAGACAAAGAAAUCUCAGUCUCGGAGGCAUCAGUUUAUCUAGCAGAUUGCCAAACAGUCUUUUGGAAGACUGGCUUACACUAGAUGACAAAAUGCCUUUGAGGAAUCUUUUGUGGAAAGAGAAAUGUGCUGUUCUGGUCCGGCUUCCUGAUAAUGACUAAAGGGUUAAGAAGACCCUAGUUAGUGCAAUAGAACAUGGUUUACCCAAACAAGAUUUUCAGCAGGAAAAAAGUGAUUCAUGUCUUCUGAUUUCUAUUGGGACAAAGCAUUUUUAGCAAAACCACUUCAUUUUAAAGUAUUUAACUUUUAUAAUAGUCUUUUUCUUGUUUGUCUUCAUAUGUGGUGUUAGCACUUGAGCAAAAUCAAACAGUGUGUAUUCAGAUGACUAUGGCAUAUAGGAAUUUUUGGGAAGGACUCUGAAGUUUUACUUGCCUUAUAUCUAUAUUUAUGAUACUUGUGG